AGCGGAGUGCCGCGCCGCGCCAGUACGGAAAACAUGGUACGACCGCUCGUCGCGUGCCGCCGUCCUCCCGCAGUGUUGCUCCCCGUAUCUCGAACGAUCUCGGCUCGACUCCGUCGCUGACUGCAUCCCCUUUUUUUCCCGCGCGCUCUCUCUCUCUCUCUUUCUCUCGUGCUCGUGAAGUGCGAGGCGGACAAACAAAACCGCUCGAAUCGAACCGCCGCCCGCCGCUGCCGCGUCGGCCGAUGGACAUUGGCACGUGAUUCUUUUUUUCGCCACGCACCCACCCUCCGGGCGGUCCAUUAACGUCAAUCGCCGGCAAUAAGCCCUGGCGAUUCCGGCGAAUCGCUCUCUGGUAGUCGCGCUCGAGACGGGCAACGGGGAAAAAAAAGGGUCCGCCCGGCGUUAAGACAAAGUCAAACGGUAGAGUGCAGAAAGUGUUUAUGGAGUUACACUCUUUCUGGACCGGUCGUCGAGAGAUGCACUAAAAGUCGCAGUUAUUACUGAAGUCAUCAUCGAAGUCAAUAGCGUUUUGAAGAACCUCCCUCUUUUCGUAACGGAGAAAAAAAUCAACAAAAAAGGAAAAUGGCGGGCACUUACACGAAGAAGGAAUUUGGUGCGGGGCCUGAGGAACAGACCCUCCUGAAGGACUCCAAUGGGACCCGCAUCGUACCUUCAAAAGGUUCAGAACCUGUACGUCUUUCACCAGGAUGGGAAGGUACAGGUAGACCAGACGACGAAUUAAAUUUUAAAGGCGUUACAAUGGAUCAAGCAGAUCUCGAAUUGAAUCCUCCUAGAGAUAGAUUAAAUAUAGUAUUUUUCAUAUUGAUACUUCAUGGAAUCGGUGCCUUGAUGCCAUGGAAUAUGUUUAUAACAGCUAAAGAUUAUUUUGUCAAAUACAAAUUGUCUAAGGAAUACACUGGUGUAAUUACAAAUUAUGCGACGAAUUUCCUCCCGUAUCUGGCAUUUGCGUCACAAGUACCGAAUUUGUUAUUCAACUGGCUGAAUGUAUUUUUACAUAUUGGAGGCAAUUUGACAACGCGUAUAGUAUGGAGUAUCUUUGUUCUGGUCCUGAUAUUCGUCUUUACCGUCAUCUUGGCAAUGACUGACAGUUCUGGAUGGCCUGGAAUAUUCUUUUGGAUUACCUUGGUAUCUGUUGUUGUAUUAAAUACUGCCAAUGGUAUUUACCAAAACUCAGUGUUUGGAAUGGCAGCUAAAUUACCCAUCAAGUACAUGGGCGCUGUUGUCUUAGGCUCGAAUAUCAGUGGAACUUUCACAGCUAUAAUAGAGUUUCUAGCUAAAAUAAUGGCGCCAAACGCGCGCACCGCCGCCAUAUAUUAUUUCAUCACGGCAUUGUUCAUACUUCUGGCUUGCUUCGAUACAUAUUUUGCACUUCCAAUUAACAGGUUUUAUCGAUAUCAUGAGCUUCUCCAUCAGAAAGAGGCAAAUAAAAGACAGUUAGAGAACAGUACAAGAGGAGGCAAAUAUAGACCUGCCUAUUGGAUGGUGUUCAAGGCGUGUUUCCCACAGUGCUUCAAUACAUUUUUAAUCUUCUUCGUUACUUUAGCGCUCUUCCCAUCUGUUCAAUCCGAUAUACAAAAGUCAGACGAGAAUUUUGUGAUUCCAUAUGAAUAUUAUAGCAGCGUUAUGUGCUUUUUAACGUUUAAUAUCACUGCCAUGAUAGGAAGCUCGAUCGCGUCAUUGGUUCAGUGGCCAAGCAAAAAGUAUCUAGUGAUUCCAGUGGUUCUGCGACUUGCUUACGUACCGUUGUUCUUGCUCUGUAACUAUCAACCGAUUGACACGAAAAGAAUACUGCCGGUACUUAUUAAUGAUGAUUGGAUAUUCUGGGUCAUCGCCAUUACUAUGGGCCUUAGUAGCGGUUAUCUGUCGUCAUUAUCGAUGAUGUAUUGCCCUAGAAUGGUGGAUUCGCAGUACGCUUCGACGGCGGGCAUGUUUGGUGCGGCGUCUUUGAUCACCGGAAUUUUCACGGGAAUUCUAUUUUCCAUGGUGAUGCCUUUCCUUGUAGCUAACAUAACGUUUUAAAGAUAAAAUUAUCGGUAUCCGCGAUAUGCUUAUAUUAACUCAGGAGCUAGAAAAAUAUUGAAAAUUAAGAAUGCACAGUCUAUCGCCCAUAAUUACAAAUUGAAACAUUGUGUUAUUGCCAAGACAUUGUGAAAUAACAAUUUAAAAAGAACAAAUAAUGUCAAAGAAGAAAGCUAAAAUGUUAUUCCUAAGAGCAACUCAAGAAAAGGAAUUAACAUUUUAGAAACGAACGUUACUUCCUUUGAUACAAAUAAGAGAGAAAUGUUUUGGAGAAUGCUCGUUUACUUAUAUAUAUAUAUAUACACGUUAAACACAUACAUAUUUAUAUAUCUAAUCGUACAAGUCUUUAAAUAGCAGGCUAUAUAAGAACAAGCUUUUAAUCAGAUAAAAGCCGUUUGAAGCAAUGCGUGUUUUUUAUAAGUGUGUGGCUUGGAGUUUCUAUUGAUCGAUGGUUUUUAAAGUCCCGUUAAAAGGAGAAAUAGAUACGAAAGUAAAUUAAGACCCUGUAAAGUGCAUUAAUGACACAAUAUGAUCGUCUCACAACAGAUUUGUAUAGGAAAUACCGGAACCCAUGGUUUUACGAGGAUUAUAGAAACUAAUGCUACUAUUAUUACUAUUGCCCCUAUUACUGAAACCGGACCAAUAAGCCUUAUUAAUAAAAAGAAGCUAUGCGGCGCUCCAGUUUUCGUAUCAAAUAGAAAUCGCUCUAAAUCAUUAAAUUUAUCAGGAAGAUCACAUAUUUAAAUCUGUAUAAUUCGUUACGCGUUUAAGGCGUGAAUACAAUUAUUACGAUUACAAGAGAGAAUAAAAACAUAUUUAAUAGAAUUAUUGUCAAAUGCUCUCUCAUGUGGCGUUAAAUGCGUAACGAGAAUAUAUCUCUUAAUAGAUAAGCAUUACAUUUUUAAAUAGUUUAUAGCUAAAGUUGUCACGCUGAAUUUUCCUGCAGAGAAUAUUUUCGUUUCCAAAUUAGUCUGGCCGUAGAUACAUAAUAGUAUGAAACUAAUUUUAAAGACGAGGCUAUAUUUUAAAUAACAAUUUUAUAAAGUAAAUAACACAUAGUUUUAUUUAAAUGUGUUCAAAUUAAAUUUACAAUCUCUAAAUUCUACAGCUAAAAUCUUUGAUAAAAUGAAAGUUAACAUAAUAAUUGACAAGUAAUGUAAAACAAAAGGCCAAGUCUAAUAAUUUCUUUACAUCAUAAUAGAAGAUCUGAUGUAAUAGUCUUGUAAUAAACUUUCAUAUUAUUUGUAGCGUUACAUUCUACUCUGUAAUUACAAGGUUGUAUUUUUUAUUUUUUUCAAUAGUGUUGAGUACUUUAUUUAAUAUUUUUACUACAUAUAAUAUUGAUGUAUAUUGCAUUUAUAUGAAAAAUUGCAAUUCUGAAAAAUCUCAAAUUUUUUCAGAAGUCAUUUUAAAACAGUUUUUCACUACUGUUUUAUCUUAUAUUGAUUUCAGUCAUUUUAAAUUAGACAAAUUUUAGUAUGCUUUUAUAAACUUUUUGUUUUGCAACGAAUCAUAUUACGUCACAAGAAAUGAUGCAGGAGAGUUAAGACUGUUGGCCAUCCAAUUGAUACUAGUCCCCUCACAAUCUUGACGACGAGCUUUUCACCUUAUAUUUGUAGAUUAAUGAGCGACAAUUUAAGAAAUUGGAAGUAGAUGACAUUUUUUUCGGGCUAUGAUUAUGUUAUACAUAUUUGUAAUAAUUACGUAAUCUGUAUUUUUUUUUUAUCAUAUAUACAAGGUUGUCACAUGUAUGCUUAUGUUAUUUAUGCUUUAUAUAGCGAUGAAAUUUUCAUGUGUUUUUUACGCAUUUUAUUUCAAAUGGUCGUGAGAUUAAGCUAUACAAUACGCAAUACUCUUCCAUUAAGCCGUACCUGGAUCUCCACAAUUUUUUAAAUUGCAGUACACAUUUGCUCCAAAUAGAACUUACAUAUUUUUUAAAUAGAUUAUACGGUUUAAGCUUUAAAUAACAAUUUUGAUUGUUUUUUCAAGCUU